AUGGGCGAAGAGAGAAGAAUUGUCGUUUCUAUUGACUUUGGAACCACUUUUUCAGGCGUCGCUUGGGCAGAGACGACUCAACCGGAUGUCCAGCACGUAUUAUCCGACUGGCCGUCACUCGGUUCGUCCCGGAAUAGCCCCAAGGUCCCAACGGAGUUGCGCAAGAUAGCAACUGGUUGGCAAUGGGGGUUCCAAAUUCCGAAAGCGGCAAAGAGGAAUAGGUUCUUCAAGCUAAGAUUGGAUGAGCCGUCAGACACAAAGACGGACGGAGAGUCGGCCCAAGAACUUACAAGGGUGUUCCUAACAUGUCUCUAUGCCCACUUUAUCAGCGUCCUAGAAAGCCAUCUGUCGCCCAGCGUGGUGCAGUCGACACCCAUGGAUGUUGUUGUUACCGUUCCAGCUAUCUGGUCGAAUAACGCAAAGCAAGAAACCGAAAAUGCAGCUUCCUCCGCCGGCUUUGGCAAGGAGAAGAACAUCAAGCUCAUAUCAGAGCCGGAAGCGGCCGCAUUGUAUACCAUCAAGUAUCUAAGCCCAUCCGUCCUGCAGACUGGUCGGAGGUUUGUGGUAUGCGAUGCCGGAGGGGGAACGGUCGACCUCAUUACAUAUGAGGUUGCCAAAGUUCAACCGUUACAGAUGAGAGAGGUCACUGAAGGGACUGGAGGGAAGUGCGGGUCCUCGAUGCUGAACAUGAGGUUUCGACGAUACCUGAAACAGGCACACGGGGACAAAUACUGGACAGACGAGCGACUUGUCCUUGCCCUGAGCGACUUUGAAUCGUUCAAGAAGGACUUCUCUCCUAGAGGUGAGCCACUUACACUAAAAGUCGAUUCAUCUCUCGGCUUGAGGCGAAAUCGGUUCACCAUACCGCAAGAUGACAUGACAAUCAAGAUUUGGGAUCCAAUCAUGAGAGACAUCAUCUGCUUGAUCAAUGAGCAGAUAGCAAUGGCGGACGAUGACGUUGCGGCAGUCGUCCUGGUUGGUGGAUUCGGCCAGAAUAGAUAUCUCAAGUCUCGCGUUCGCGAUGCAAUCACCCCCAGAACGCGAGUUCUUCAGCCAGAGAAUGGCGUCACCGCGGUGGUGAAGGGGGCAGUCAUCUAUGGCCUCGGCAACUACCAGCCCGCCCUGGCACCAGUAGGCAUCUCAUCGCGGGUCGCCAGACGGUCAUAUGGCACUUGCCUCUUGGCAAAGUAUGACCCUUCGAAGCAUGACCGCAACGAAGCAUUCUGGUCCGAGAAAGAAGAGGAAUGGGUUGUUAUCGAAAUGUGCUGGUUCAUCCGCAAAGGCCAAUCGUAUCCCGAGGGUAAGCCCUCCAAGAUCGAGUACCAGUGCGAUAUACCCGUGUUCAUGGGGCACAAGCCACAAGCCGACAUUGAAAUAUUCAGCAACGACGACGAACGUGAAGCACCGAUCCAUCUCAGCGGCGCCACAAAACGAGUGGCCACGUUGUUUCUCGAUCUACAUAAGAUACCCAAGUCAGCGAAAUCAGCCGCAAAGAAGAGAAAAUUGGGAUGGCACCGGUAUUACUGCUUGACUGGCGUGAUUGAAGCGAGCUACGGAUCAGCCAUGAUAACUUACACGGUAAAGCUUGGAGGUCCGUCCGUUCGAGUCUCUUUGUCCCAUUGA